AUGCAACUUCGCGUGAUGGAGCUCGAGCAGGAGAUGGUCAAGGUCAAGAGGGCGAACAAAGAGAUUGCUGCGCAGACAGAGCGGAAAGUGCGUGAAGAGUUCAGCAAAGAGAUAGAAAGCCUCAAGGCAGCCAACAAUGAACUCAAACUUGACCUCGCCAUCUCGCGCCAUCACUGCACCAAACACUUGGGGACCAUCCAGCGCAUGUCGGGUAUCAGCGAGAACUUCGAGGAGGAGAUCAGGCAGGUGGAGGAGAAGCUUCAGAGCCACAUAGACGAGCUCCUCCUCCAGGUGAAGGAGAAGGAGGCCGAGAACCUUCGACUGAGGAAGAGAAUAGAGGAGCUUUCUUCUAAGGAUAACAAGAACUAG